AUGUCUGACAGACUCCUGGUGGUUGGUAGAGGUGUCAGGGAGCAGGUUCUCUCCCGGAAGUUGGCACUGUCUUCCCACGUGAAGCAAGUCCUAGUUGCUCCAGGCAAUGCCAAUACAGCUGACGGCAAAAAGAUCUGUAACUCGGGUUAGUAGCUAAAGCUCGAGAGGACAUCGGAUGCACAAAAAUAAAGUUGACUAAAAAAAUAGAAUAUUGUCUUCAUUUGUAACCCAAAGUGAUUUCUGCAUAUUUUUAAUUUCCACAGCUGUCCUAGUCAGUAACCCGAGUAUUCUGAAACAAUUCUGCAAAGAUCACAACAUCGGACUGGUGAUGGUUAAUACGAUUUCUCUUCUAACUUCUGGUAAAGUACUUUUUAUUUAUAAAGGAUAUUUUUGUGAAGAAAGAAUAUGGGUAUUCAGAUAGGUGUAAUUUAGUUUGUAGGAACUGUGUCUGAACUGCAUUUGUCUGCCUCUUAUAAUAAUAAUAAUAAUAAUAAUAACAAAGUAUUUAACGAGGAAAGGUACAUUCAGGUUACUGUGGUUUUCAAGUACAUCCUGGGGAUGUUACCUUAGCCCAACAUCCAGGGGUUGUUACUAUUACCCAAUUUAAUGGUACUCAUAUAGUGAUAUUAUUUUCCACAUAAACAGUUUGUCCAUACUUUAGGCAAAAAGUAAGCUGUAUAAAUGAACCAUUUUGCAGGAGAGCUCAUAUUUUAUCCCAAUUAAUAUUGUCGUUAAUUGUCACUUUUUUAAUUUGCCAGGACUUAUUGAUGAACUGACUGAGGCUGGAGUGAGGUGUUUUGGACCCAACUCGAAGGCAUCACAGCUGGAGGCCAAUAGAAGUCUUGCCAAAGAGUUUAUGGACCAACAUGGUAUCCCAACGGCACGGUGGAAAUCAUUCACUAACCCACAUGAAGCUUGCCGAUUUAUCACUUAGUAAGGAUGUAUAUUGAUACUGAAGAAAAUUAGGAAUUCUGUACAAAGCGGCUGAUGAUUUAUACAUACAUAUUUAUACAUAAAAUAUAUAUUUCCAGUAUAAGGAAGUGCUAAUUGUUUUCAAACCCUCAAUGAGAUGAAGUAUUCUGGGUGCCUCUAGUGCCCCUUAUUGUAGUACCGAUUGUCACCUCUUGAUGGCAGCUUUACUCUUGGUCAGGCCCUGGGCCCCCAGGAGGCCCAUGCAUCAUACAUUUGUAUGGAUUAUACCCCCUGAUGGCAGCACUGAUCACAAUUCAUGUUUUAUACAUCACAAAACAUACCUUCCAACAUUUUAAAUGAGCAGAGAGGGACACUUUGAUUUUACUGGUGGUGUGAGUGAGGAUGAAAGGGGGGGGAGGGGUGAGGAGUGGGGGGAUAACCCUAAAAUAGGGACUGUCCCUCCUAGAUAGGGAUACUUUGACCACAUAGUUGUUGUCAUAGUAUACACAUGCUGUAAACAAUGACCACAACUAUGAUUUCUAUACUAGUAAUAUGUUUUGUAAAAUCUUUGUUUACUGACUAUUGUGUGUUUUUUUUUAAGUUCAGACUUUCCUGCUCUGGUGGUAAAACCCAGUGCGUUAGGGUCAGCGAGGAAUGUAUACGUUGCAAGUGAUAAAGAUGAGGCCUGCAGAGCUGUUCAACAACUUACACAAGUAAGUUGCUCCGUUGUGUUACAAUUUGUUUUAACCAUUAGGGGAGGUGGAAGGGCCUGUUAUUUACUGCUACGGAAAAGUACCAAACCAACACCCACAUAAUAAACAAAUAAUAAGAUCAGGUGUAGAAAGUAAAGGCCGGGGUCUCAUUUCAGUGUUGCAGUCACUCACAAGGCUGUUAUUUCUAAAAUGGCUGAGCCAUAUGACAAGGAAGGUUGUUGUUCUGACUAAUAAAAAUGUUUGUCGCAGGACUGGACAUCUGGAACUCCAGCAGAAACGUUCAUUGUUGAAGAACGCUUGGAAGGGGAAGAAUUUGCAGUAAGAUGAAUUGUUCAAUUUAAAGCAUAAACUAUAGACUGUGGAGGGAGAAGGUAAGGUUUUCUUCCCAUAGAUGUAAUGGGAGUUCUGAAUUAAAGGGACAAGUAUAACUUGACAAUUAGGAAGAAAACAUUCUAAAUCAACUAUAUACACCAGAAUAAAGCAAGUAAAACAUUGAAAAGUAUGUAAUAAACCUUGUUUACAAACUCUAUAAACGUGGUCAGAUUGCAUUGUUGGGCACGCCUUUCAGCUAGGGGAGUUUUUCAGCCUCUCCCCCUUCCUUUUUGACCACACAUCUCAGUUUCUCCCCGAGGAGUCUUAUCUGGCAAAAAGCACGCGUCAGGGGCUCAUAGUGAAUUAAUUCACCACAAAUAGAUGACUCUAUUGGUACUAUUUCAACUAAUAAUUUCCUGAAUAUGGCUGGUGUAGUGUAGGGGAUUUACUGGUAGUUGGUUUCUCUCCCCUGUUCAUUGCUGACCUUUAAAAGAUUUCUCCUCAUAGUGAGAAUAUUCUUAGGGACUUUUAGUCAUUCAGCUUUUUUAAUUGCUUAGCAGAUAGGUGCCCUUUAACGCACGUUAGGGCCAUCCAGGGUGCUUUAGUAGUUUAUAAUAGUUUUUAUAGAUUUGUAUGUGCAUGUUGGCACACAGGGUGUGUUGGUGUCUGGGUGUUUACAUUUAUUUAUUUAUUUAUUUUUCCAUUCUCUAAAUUUAAUUGCAACAAUGUUGCGCCUUUGACUUAUUAGUUCCCUUAUAAGAGCUACUUUAUAUAUAUUGAUAAUUAAUACGUUAUAUAAUUCGUUCUGCCGCUUUGUACUAGAAUGUAAUUACUUUACCCACCACUGUGACGUGUGAAAGAGCUAAACUGGCUGUCGCUGGAAUCCCGACACAUUCUUCAUCAUUCCAGCCCUGUGCAUAAGAGCUUUUCUGGGAAGCUCCCACGCUACCUGAGUAGAAUGCUCUCCCCAGCUGUUCCCACCUCCUAUAACCUCCGAUCCAGUACUAGCACGAUAUUUAUCAUACCGCAAUACAAAAAUAAAGUGGCUCGAUCCUCAUUUUCCUACAGAGCACCGCAAUUUUGGAAUAGCCUCAGGGACACAGUCAAAUCUUCAUUCAAUCUAAAAUCUUUUAAGAGAUCUAUGGCUAUAUACCUCAACACAGAAUGCACCUGUCAUGGUUGAAUAUAUUUAUUACCUGUUAUGUAUUAAAUGUAUAUAUGUGUGUAUGUAUAUAUAUAUAUAUAUAUAUAUAUAUAUAGUUUGGAUAUUGGAUUUUUAUAAUAUUGUAUCCUAUUGUAACAAUGCAAUGUUUAGUGGACCCAAAACGAGAGAAAUCUCAUUGUAUCAUUACAGGUAAAAUAUUUUAUAAAUAAAUAUGUAGAGAUUGUAGCCAUAUUAGUGUGUCUGUUUUUUAUAUAUAUUAGAGCAUUUAAUAUAAAGUAGCUCUUAUAAGUCAAAGGAGCAACAUUGUUGCAAUUAUUAAAAUAAAAUUGGGCUAGAUGGGCCGAAUGGUUCUUAUCUGCCGUCACAUUCUAUGUUAUGUUUCUAUAUUUAAGUCUAGAGAAUGGAAAAAUAAAUAAAUAAAUGUAAACACCCAGACACCAGCACACCCUCUGUGCCAACAUGCACAUACAAAUCUACAAAAACUAUUAUAAACUACUAAAGCACCCUGGAUGGCCCUCACAUGUGUUAAAGGGCACCUAUCUGCUAAUAUAUAUAUCUAUAUUUAGUGAAUUUGAGUCGAUUUAUUACUAUAAAUGAUAUCAGGCAUUCAUCAUCUCAUUAAGCACAAUUAAUUUCUAACUGUGGGGAGUUAGCAUUUAAAUUAAGAUAAUGCUCAAAGGGAGUUUCAAUGUCUUAUAAAAUUGUCUUAUUAGUCUUUUUAAUGAUUGUUAAUAAAAGGUAAGGUUUUAAUAUUUAUUUUUCUCUUUCACGUUCCACUACUAUCAAAUGCAUGCUUACGGGUACAUAUUCUUUUUUAUUGAUAUUUAGAAACAUAGAAACAUAGAAACAUAGAAACAUAGAAUGUGACGGCAGAUAAGAACCAUUCGGCCCAUCUAGUCUGCCCAAUUUUCUAAAUACUUUCCUUAGUCCCUGGCCUUAUCUUAUAGUUAGGAUAGCCUCAUGCCUAUCCCACGCAUGCUUAAACUCCUUUACUGUGUUAACCUCUACCACUUCAGCUGGAAGGCUAUUCCAUGCAUCCACUACCCUCUCAGUAAAGUAAUACUUCCUGAUAUUAUUUUUAAACCUUUGUCCCUCUAAUUUAAGACUAUGUCCUCUUGUUGUGGUAGUUUUUCUUCUUUUAAAUAUAGUCUCCUCCUUUACUGUGUUGAUUCCCUUUAUAUAUUUAAAUGUUUCUAUCAUAUCCCCCCUGUCUCGUCUUUCCUCCAAGCUAUACAUGUUAACAGGGGCGUACCUAGAGCAUUUGGCACCCGGGGCGGAUCCUGUGUUUGUACCCCCCCCAAAAAAACCUGUAAAAAAUGUUAAAGGUUUUCUUUAAUUAAUCCACACUCCUUAAUUAAACCAUACCCCUUAAUUAAUCCAUACCCCUUAAUUAAUCCAUACCCGCCAAUUAAUCCACACUAAUUCAUCCACACGCACGCCAAUUAAUCCGCAUGAAGGUGAGUACACACACUUUGCCAAUUAAUCCACACUGAAAAUUAAUCCCACCCCACUUGGAUUUAAUCCACUCCCCGCAGGUAAUCCACACUGAAUUAAUCCACCCCCCCAUAAUUAAUCCACUUUAUAAUUAAUCACCCCCAUAAUUAAUCCACCUAUAAUUAAUCCACCCCCUUAAUUGAUACACACACCCUUAAUUAAUCCACACUAAUUAAUCCACCCCCUUAAUUAAUCCACUCCCCCAUAAUUAAUCCACACUAAUUAAUACACCCCCCCAUAAUUAAUACAUCCCCAAUAAUUAAUCCACCCCCAUAAUUAAUACACCCCCAUAAUAUACACCACCCCCAUAAUAUACACCACCCCCAUAAUUGAUACACCCCCAUUAUUAAUACAACCCCAUUAUUAAUACAACCUCCCAUAAUUAAUAUACCCCCAUAAUUAAUAAACCCCCCAUAAUUAAUACACCCCAUAAUUAAUACACCCCCCCAUAAUUAAUAUACACCCCCUCCUUUCUCUCUCACCCCCCUCAUUUCUCCUCUCACCCCCCUCAUUUCCUCUCUUUCUCACCCCCCUUUUUCACCCCCCUUUCUCCCUCUUUCUCACCCCUUUCUCUCUUCUCACCCCCUUCUCCUCUUUCUCCCCCUUUUCACCCCCCUUUCUCCCUCUCACCCCCCUUUCUCACCUCCCUCUCCUCUUUCCUGCCCCUUCAUUUUCUCACCCCCCCCUUUCUCCUCUUUCUCACCCCCCCUUUCUUCUCUUUCUCACCCCCAUUCAUUUCUCACCCCCCCCCUCUUCUCAACACUCACCCCUUCAUUUCUCACCCCCUUUCUUCUCUUUUCUCAUCCCCUUCAUUUCUCCACCCCCCUUUCUUCUCUUUCUCACCCCCUUCAUUUCUGCCCCUUUCUUCUCUUUCUCACCCCCUUCAUUUCUCACCCCCAUUCUUCUGCUUUCUCAUCCCCCUCCCCUACCUUUUGUUGUAGGCGUGGCCGAGGCCAAUAUAGUCGUGGGUACAGGUAGCUUUUUGUUUCCUGUACCCGGCCGGACUAACUGGGAAGGGCACACAAUGUGUGCCCUUCCUGUUAGUCCGGCCGGGUACAGGAGACAGAUGCUCCCUGUACCCGCCGGCUAUACUGGGCUCGGCCACGCUACAGAGAGGGAGUGACAGGAGGGAGCGCUGAGCGUUUCCCUCCUGUCAGCCUCUCCUCAGGCUGCGCCCGGGCGGUGCGGUCCGCCCUCGUGGACGCACCGCCCGGGCAAAGCUGCAGCCGCCUGAGGCUCACUACAGAGCGCUCGGGCGGCUGCAGCAUGGGGGGGGGCGGCAGGGCCGGUCAUGGCACCCCCCAUCCUGCUGGCACCUGGGGCGGACCGUCCCCCCUGCCCCCCCUUAGUACGCCACUGCAUGUUAAGAUCCUUUAACCUUUCCUGGUAAGUUUUAUCCCGCAAUCCAUGAACCAGUUUAGUAGCCCUUCUCUGAACCCUCUCUAAGGUAUCAAUAUCCUUCUGAAGAUACGGUCUCCAGUACUGUGUACAAUACUCCAAGUGAGGUCUCACCAGUGUUCUGUACAAUGGCAUGACAAGGUAUACUUCAUCAGAAAUAUUAGAAUUUAAUAAAUAUCUCCCAUUUUUUAUUUUUUUUUGCAGUGCCUGGCUUUUACUGAUGGGUCGACGUUCGCUCCAAUGCCUCUUGUGAAAAUCCAGGACGUUCACUCUGAGUUAAAUCAAGGCUCACAAACUCCAGUUGCAGAAGGGUUAAUCUGCCCUGCAAAAAUGGUAAGAUCCAGAGUUUUGUUUUGUCAAAAAAUUGAUCUUGGAUAACAUUUUCAGACUGUGGUCCUCAAAACAGAGAAAACCAAAAUCAUAAAAACUUGUUAAAGUGGAAGCUCUGAUUGUAAAAUGUUGAUAUCACAUAGGAUUCAGAAACUAAGUUGACUGUAAUAAUCAUCAAUAAUUAUUGUUUAUCUGCUGGUAAUCAAUCCUUUUUCUCUAAGGAAAUCCUCACCAUUCUCCAGAAAAUAACUGAUGCUUUAAAGAAGGAGAAAUGGCAAUAUGCAGGUAGGAAAAAAAAAACAUCACUGAAUGGAGACAUAUUUAUGGGCACUAUUUAAUAAAGAUAGAUAUAAAAUUGUUCACUUUUAAUAUUUAGUUCUUUUGUUUUACUUUAAUCUUAUGACAUUUAGUUAUUCUGGUUCUACAAAUAAGUCUUUCCUCUCCUUAUUAUAGACUAGAACAAUUAACAAGCAUGUAAAGCGCUGCGGAAUUUGUUGGCGCUAUAUAAAUAAUAACAUAAUAAUAAUGUUGCAAUUUGCAUGCGCAGGGUAGAAUACCGGGCAUGUUUGCAUAAUAACAGAGGAACAGGCCACGUGUGUGUUUAGCUCUUCACUGUUCCACACUCAACAGGGGACGACGCGGGGCAACAACUUUAUUGCACCAGGGACAAUUGAGAGAAUCUUAGGAUUAAAUCCCCACCAAAGUAUAACGUAUUGGGCUCAUCCAUAUGAACAGUUCAGACUUGAAACACUAAUAGUCUCCUCUGUAGCAAUUCUUUAUGGGUUGUGUAUGUGUGUUGUGUGUAAAGUGAUUAUGUUUGUGUAGGGUGACUGUGCAUGCUGUGUGCGGGGAGGCUGCAUGUGUUGUGUGUCUGGGCAGGUGUCUGUGUGGGUUGAAUUAACGCCAAUAUCCAAUCGAUGUUUGCGGCUACAGAAUACUAACUACAGAAUACUAACAGCCUCUUAGUAACAGGUUUCCAUGACCCACCCCUUUCUCUAAUAUCUGUGCUGUACUCACACUGGUAUCAAUAUGGUGUAUGGAGGCUGUGUGUGUGGGGGGAGGCUAUGUGUGUUUGUGCAGGGUAACCGUGUAUGCAGUCUGUGGGGAGGGUGUGUUAGUGAAUAAACCCUAAAUCAUGCACUAAGUAUGGUUAACUGCAAAUUUUAGAACCUAAUAGCUAAACUGAAAAAAAUAUCCGGGAUAGAAAAGAAUUUAAACUUUUUGGCUAAACCAUACAAUGUCUGUGUAUAUUCAUCACAGAUUGAGUUUUAUAUAAUAAACCUGUUUAUGCCACUUCAGUAACAUUGAGUCCAUGAUCUACAUUGUGAUUGUGUUUACUAAUUCAUGUGAAUUAUUAUCACUACUAUCAAUUAACAGGUAUACUUGGAGUCAAAGUAAUAGUCACCGAACAAGGACCUGACAUUCUUGGAUUCAAAUGCCGCUUUCGAGAUCUCGAUAGCCAGGUAGGGGAUGAUCUGUUAGUAACACAUGGGUUCCCUCUUAAUGCCAUAGCUUGAUAUGUGGUAUAAUAACACUGGGUCGGUAAAUACAUUCUAAGCUAUUAUAAGCAAUAAAGAAUAUGGACAACAGGUAAUUAAUAAUAUGCAUCACCUAAUUAGUGUAAGCCUGGAUCAUACCCUGCUUUAAGUAAUUAAUUUCAGACCUAACUUUCCAGUAUAAAUGACUACAAUCAGCACAUUACUAGCAUGCACUAAAUAAGGUAACAUAAAUAAGAGUUUAUAAAGACAUCUCAAGUAGCUUGACCUUCAGUGGGCUUCCACUGCACGAGACAUGCAGCAACCCCUUUGUUUUGCACUGAUAAACAUAAACCACUAAUGUAAAAAUAGGAGACUUUACAGUCCCCUCCCUGUCUGAGGUCAUAAUAGAUUUUGGAUAACAGGAUAAUGGAUACGCUUAUAGCUCUUGCUCACACAUCUGUGUCAUCUUUCUUUGGGUAAUGGAGAAAGCAGGGGAGAAUGUUUUAUUUUGUCAGGGUUGGAUUUAAAUUUCCUGUGCCUAUUGGCACAGAAUUUGCAGUCAUCUCUAUUCACUUCUCGAAAUCUCCUCUCUCUGUGUUUGUCUCCCUGGGUUUUUUUCUCUCUCAUCAGGAAAUACAGCUCUCACUCUAUUCCGUUAUGUAUACGACAUGUCACACAGAUAUUUUUUCCCCACAGAUAAUUCUUCCCCAGCUGAAGUCUGAUUUCUAUGAUGUGACCCAAGCAGCAAUUGGUGGCAAGCUUGGCUCUUGUAUACCAGAGUGGGCACAAGCAAAAGCGUCAGUUCCAGUCAAUGCAUUGGUGCAGUCCUCUGAAUACCCUGAGAACAAAGAAUUCAAAAGUGGGAUUUUUUUUAUUUUUAAUAACAAUUGUCAGCAUGUUUCCUUUUUCUUUUCUUUUCUUUUUUUUUUUAAUUUCACAAUACCAAAAGCCUGGAAUUUACUGUGACCUUAUUGGGUGACCAAUUUUCAAAUAAUCUAAUUAACAAUGUGCUGCUAAUAUGGCUUCUGUGCCAUAUACCUGCUGCAUAUUGAAGGCUGCCUGAGUUUCAUGGGGUAUGCAGUUCAAGACAAACAAACAUCUUUAGAGCCACAUUUAUUCACCACUGUCCUAUGGCCUGGGAUACAGUUUUGGUCUUCAUUCAGCUUAGAACUGAAUAUACAGUAAAUAUCAGCACAACAAGACUUCCGUGUCAGAGUCUUUUAUUCUCAAACAGAUACUCGGUGCUUUUUCUCCCUGGGGUCUGUGCUUAUUAUAAGCUAAACCUAGAUGUGAGCAGGCCCACACCUAACCUAUACAGGGGCGUUUUAGCUGCGAGGCAAACAAGGCAUUUGCCUUGGGCGGCAUUUUUCAGGGGGCGGCAAAAAACGCCGCCCCCAAAUGGCCAGGGCAAAUGUCUUGUUAGCCUUGCGGCUAACAGACAUGCCGCGGGCGGGCGGCGCUGUGCCGGCGGCUGGCGAGGGAGCUCUUCCUCUGAGCUGUCCGCUCAGCUCCCUCGCGCGCCGCAGAGUGAGGCUGGGAGCCGGAAUAUGAUGCCACCUACAGCCACUGGACCACCAGGGAGAUAGAGAACCCCCCCCAUUCCCAAAGGUAAGGAGGGGGAGGGGGGGAAUAAAAAAAAAAAGUGUUAAUGUGAGUGUGUGUGUCUGUUAGUGUGUGUGUGUGUCUGACUGUGUGAGUGUGUCUGCUAGUGAGUUAGUGUGUGUCUGACUGUGUGUGUCUGUUAGUGUGUGUGUGUGUCUGACUGUGUGUGUGUGUCUGACUGUGUGUGUGUGUGUCUGACUGUGUGUGUGUGUCUGACUGUGUGUGUCUGACUGCGUGUGUCUUAGUGUGUGUGUAUGUGUGUCUGACUGUGUCUGACUGUGUCUGUUAGUGUCUGUAAGUGUGUGUGUCUGUGUGUGUCUGUAAGUGUGUGUCUGUAAGUGUGUGUGUGUCUGUAAGUGUGUGUGUGUGUCUGUAAGUGUGUGUGUGUGUCUGUUAGUGAGUGUGUGUCUGUUAGCGUGAGUGUGUGUCUGUUAGCGUGUGUAUGCGUAUCUGUCAGUCAAUGUGUGUGUGUAUUUAGAAGGCGGAGCAGGGGGGAGUGGCCUGAGUUUUGUCCUGCCUAGGGCAGCACAAAACCAGGAUACACCACUGAACCUAUAGUAUUUUUGCUAAGGAUAAUCAGCAGUCAGUCUGUUGGAUAUUUUUUUGUCAACAAUACGAGAUCUAGUCUAUAAAAGAUAAAUGAACACGUCUUCUGUAAAAAUCUCUGAAAAAGCCUUUUCACAGGUUGUGUUUGUAUUGCAAUGACGGGGCUGUUUAUCAUCAGACCAUAUAAAGCCAAGUUCUAUAUUAUCAGACCAUAUCUAGUAGUGUUUUAUAUUAUCUGACCACAUCAAGUUAUAUCCUACCUUCUUAGACCAUAUCCAACCAUGUCCUACAUUAUUAGACCAUAUCCAACCAUGUCCUAUAUUAUUAGAUCAUAUCCAACCAUGUCCUAUAUUAUCAGAUCAUAUCCAACCAUGUCCUACAUUAUUAGACCAUAUCCAACCAUGUCCUAUAUUAUUAGAUCAUAUCCAACCAUGUCCUAUUAGAUCAUAUCCAGCCAUUUCCUACAUUAUCAGACCAUAUCCAGCCAUGUCCUUUAUUAUUAGACCAUAUCAAAUCAUGUUCUAUAUUAUAAGUCUAUAUCUAGUCAUGUCCUAUAUUAUACGACCAUAACCAGUCAUGUGUUAUAUUAGCAAACCAUAUCCCUUCAUGUCUUAUAUUAUAUGACCAUAUCCAGUCGUAUUCUAAAUUAUAUGACCAUAUCCUGUCAUGUGUUAUUUUAUCUGACCCCAUAUGACAGUAUCCAGCAAUGUCUGAUAAUAUAUGAUUUCAUUCUGUCAUGUCCUAUAUUAUCUGACCACAGGGCCGUCUUUAAUAUUGACCGGACACUGGGCAACCAUUUGCUUGGGGCCCCUGGACUCUGCCCCCUGCCAGACAUACUAACACACAUACACAGAGACAUACACUGACAGACAUACUAACACACGCUGACACACACACUGACAGACACAUAUUGACAGACAUACUGACACACACACAGAAACAUACACUACAGACAUACUGACAUAUGCAGACACAUAUACUGACACACAUACACAAAGACAUACAAUGACAGACAUACUGACACACAUACAGACACAUACAAUAACAGACAUACUGACAUACACAGACACAUACAAUAACAGACAUACUGACAUACACAGACAGACAUACUGACACAAGCACAGACACAUACACUGACAGACAUACUGACAUGAACAUACACUGACAGACAUACUGACAAACAUACACUAAAAGACAUACUGACACAAACACAGACAGACAUACUGACAUAAACAUACACUGACAUACAUACUGACACAAACACAUACACUGACAGACAUACUGACAUGAACAUACACUGACAGACAUACUGACAAACAUACACUAACAGACAUACUGACAAACAUACACUAAAAGACAUACUGACACAAACACAGACAGACAUACUGACAUAAACAUACACUGACAGACAUACUGACAUGAACACAGACAGACAUACUGACACAAACACAGACACAGACAGACAUACUGACAUAAAUUUACACUCUUAAACCCACCCACAAGUUUCCUACCUUGGAAGGUGGUUCCCCAGGUGUCCAGACUGAAGGCUGUUGGGAUCUGUCUCUCCUGGCAAGGGUCCCUCCUUAGUCUCCCGCGCGGCUCCUCUCCUCAGUGGGAGGAAGUGACUCGCAGCCGUCACUUCCUCCCAGCGCUGCAGAAAAGCAAAGGGCCCGGUCGCGCUGUUAAAGUGCUACAGCGUGUGACCAGGCCCCUGCUUACAAUACCCACCCCGUGGCCUGCUUAAUGUGGGGGCCGGCGGCCCCAUGGGAGAAACAAUUGUUGAGGGCAGCGGGGCCCACGGGGAAGCGGCUGCCCCGUUUGCCCCGCGUUAAAGACGGCCCUGUCUGACCAUAUCUAUAACAGGGGUAGGCAACCUUAGACUCUCCACAUGUUGUGAACUAGAUGUCUCCUGAAGCUUUGUCAGUAUUAUGGCUAUAAGAACAUUACUACCUUCCUAUAGUAUCAGACCAAAGCCAGUCAUGCCAGUACUAUCCUGCCAUGUUCUACUUCCUCUCUGCAAACAAAGACAGCAUGGACACAUCAUGAUAAAAUUAUGCCCUGAUGCAGAUGAUGAUCAGUGGAAGAAAGUGUGGUGGAUACUUUUAUGUUUUAUGCUCGGAGAUGCCUAUUAUGUAAUAUUCUCCUUGGUGUUACUCAAUAGCAAUGUUUUACAUAUGUCAUAAAGUAUGCAUUGGCUGAAUCAAUGUAAUAGGGCAACGUCACAAAAUAUAUUGUAAAACAACCUCCUUUAAAUCUGAUUUAUUAUUCUCUAUAGACGAGGACCAAGGUCCAGAGACUUCCCACACUUUUCCAAAAACGGUGACAAUUACAAAAGGACUUCAUAUUGUUACUUGUGGCCUUGUAUCUUCAGAGGACCUUGCCAGAGGUAUGUUCUCAAUAGAGAUCCUAGCUGGUAUAUAUUGGGAGGGUGUCUUGUUGACCUCAUUUCUGUACAUGAGGGUAAAGAAAUAAUUUGGGUUUUAGCACUUCAGACUUUUUUCCCUUUAAUUUCUUCAACAAAAUUGAGGUAAACUAGCAUCUCCAAAUCCAACUGUAAUUGGUCAUAAUUGGGGAACCUCUUCUAAAAUUCCAAAAAUUAACUUUUAAUAAAUGAUAAUUUCAGGUCAAAUUCAAAGAUUUAGAAUUUUUUUUUUAUUAUUCUUUAUUUUUGCUGUGCUUUAAAUUACAAACAGGCUUGCAACACCAAGACAGCAGGUGCAAGUGUCUUGACAUAGAAAACCAGCACAUUUUAAGGUGUUAGAGAAAACAGGCUAAACAUAUAAUAUCGUAACAUGGGGAAGAAAUUCACAUAUUGUCAAUAUAAUGGACAUGCUUAUGCCAGAGACGUCAGUGAGUAGAAGCCUUAAAAAUGGAUAAAACAAGCUAGAUAAACUGACUACAGGAUAGGUCAUCAUAGUGAAAUAUUAUAUGUGCUUUGAUGAAAGAGAGAAUCAAAGAAGGGAAAGCACCACCAAGUGUGAAUCACAGAUUAUAUUAUCCUAGAUGUGAUAGCCAGACAAUAUAGUAAAAGGAAAUGUAUCUGAAGGUCAUUCAGGCAUCAGGCAACAGGCUCCACAUGCUAAAAUAAUAGUAGAAACUUAAAAGGAAAGCAAAGAAUAACAACUGAGGAGACUGUGGCAGAAUAGCACAGGGACAGUCGGCAGUUCAGUUUCAGCCAAUACCACGUGUAUGAGGCAAGCGGAAUCUGGGGUUUCGUGUAUGGCAAGUAGUGUUGAUCGAGACCACCUUCAUCCAUAGGGCUUGGUCGGGAAUCACCCAGAGCAUGCAGGCCAACAUAGCGGAAUUUCUGCUCCUCCUCCCCACAAGCUUGGGCUUGUAUGUAAGCCCAUGCCUCUUCACUACUAGGCUCUCCGUCUUCUGUGGCAGGGCCAUUCCUCUGCAGAAAUCCCCCAUCACCGACAGGCACACAGGGUUGUGGAUGACUGAUGGACUCAACCUUUGCUACUCCACGCCACAAUGUUUCCUUAGCAGCGGCCAUCUUAGAACCUUUGCUUUCAAGGUCGCGUGAGUUGUACUGCCAUGCUUGUGCAAGAGGGCUGAGAUUCCUUAGUUAGGUCCUGGAUAAGCCCCACCGGACCACAGGGGAACAGGGGGAAUACCACACUGGCCGUGUGCAAGAUCAGAAGUUUGUCCGCUUCUCCCGCUUCGUCCGUGGAGUAGGCCGCAGGUUUCGACCGCCAGUCAGCGUGACCAUAUAGUUGGGUAGUGUUUGCUUUGCUUCCAGGGAAGCCCAAGAGUUGCCAGGCAUAAGCAGGAAGCCAGGUAUGGGCUGGAAGUAACGAAUUUGGGGCAAUAAACAGUUAGUUGCUCAGGAGUCGAUACGACCAGCAUCUGCUUGGCUUGACGGUCAGGCCCCGCCCCCCAAUUCAAAGAUUUUAAACACAAUUUGUGUUGCGACCCAAUUGAUAUACUUUAUACUGCAGUAUUCAUUUUUUAUACGUUUUUUCAGUAAUGCCAUCUGGCCACCCCACAAAUGGUAGACAGGACUGUGCAUCAAGAGAUGUAGGAGUAAGAUUUAAAGGUGUUUUUCGAAUUAUACAAUAAAACAUACAACUACUUGAAUAUAAGGAAUACACAUUUGUUCAGUGGUGUUUAAGUAGCAUUAAACAUUUGGAUAUAGAAACAUAGAAACAUAGAAUGUGACGGCAGAUAAGAACCAUUCGGCCCAUCUAGUCUGCCCAAUUUUCUAAAUACUUUCAUUAGUCCCUAGCCUUAUCUUAUAGUUAGGAUAGCCUUAUGCCUAUCCCACGCAUGCUUAAACUCCUUUACUGUGUUAACCUCUACCACUUCAGCUGGAAGGCUAUUCCAUGCAUCCACUACCCUCUCAGUAAAGUAAUACUUCCUGAUAUUAUUUUUAAACCUUUGUCCCUCUAAUUUAAGACUAUGUCCUCUUGUUGUGGUAGUUUUCUUCUUUUAAAUAUAGUCUCCUCCUUUACUGUGUUGAUUCCCUUUAUAUAUUUAAAUGUUUCUAUCAUAUCCCCCCUGUCUCGUCUUUCCUCCAAGCUAUACAUGUUAAGAUCCCUUAACCUUUCCUGGUAAGUUUUAUCCCGCAAUCCAUGAACCAGUUUAGUAGCCCUUCUCUGAAUCCUCUCUACAGGGCCGCCAUCAGAAAUUUUGGGGCCCCUGACAAAGCACCAGGUUUGGGCCCCCCCCCCCUCCCUCCCUCCCUCCCUCCCGGGUCCGCACACGCCCUACCUGGUCCGCUGACAAUGAUGCAGGACUGAAUGUGGUGUGUAUAGUGGAAGUGAAUUAGAAUAUGUGUAAUGGAUGUAGUGUUUGUGUGUAUUAGAUACUGUUUGUACAGUGAAUGCAGAGUGUGUGUUUGUGUAGCGGAUGCAGUGUGUAUAGUGAACGCAGAGUGUGUUUGAGUAGUGGAUAUAGUGUGUGUACAGUGAUGUAGUGUGUGUGUGUAGUGGAUGUAGUGUUUGUAUGUACUAGAUGAAAUGUGUUUAGUGGAUGUAGUGCGUGUAUUAGACGCAGUGUCUGUGUAUAGUGAAUGCAGACUGUUUCAAUGUGUGGUGGAUGUAGUGUGUGUACUGUGAAUACAGGAUGUUUGUGUAGUGGAUGCUGUGUGUACAGUUAAUGCAGAGUGUAUGUUAGUGUAGUGAAUGCAGAUUGUGUGUCAGUAUAGUGAAUCCAUAGUGUAUGCAUAGUUUAGUGAAUGCAGAGUGUGUGUUAGUGUGUAGUGAAUGCAGAGUGUGUCAGUGUAAUGAAUGUAGUGUGUGUUAGUGCAGUGAAUGUAGAGUGUGUGUAAAUUUGUAGUGAAUGCAGAGUGUGUGUUAAUGUGUAGUGAAUGCAGACUGUGUUAAUGUGUAGUGAAUGCAGAGAGUGUGUUAGUGUGUAGUGGAUGCAGAGUGUGUGUUAGUGUAGUGAAUGCAGAGAGUGUGUUAAUGUGUAGUGAAUGCAGAGAGUGUGUUAGUGUGUAGCGGAUGCAGAGUGUGUGUUAGUGUAGUGAAUGCAGAGAUUGUGUGAGUGUGUAGCGGAUGCAGAGUGUGUGUGUUAGUGUAGUGAAUGCAGAGUGUGUUAAUGUGUAGUGAAUGCAGAGAGUGGGUUAGUGUGUAGCAGAUGCAGAGAGUGGGUUAGUGUGUAGCGGAUGCAGAGUGUGUGUUAGUGUGUAGCGGAUGCAGAGUGUGUGUUAGUGUAGUGAAUGCAGAGAGUGUGUUAAUGUGUAGUGAAUGCAGAGAGUGUGUUAGUGUAGUGAAUGCAGAGAUUGUGUUAGUGUGUAGUGGAUGCAGAGUGUGUGUGUUAGUGUAGUGAAUGUAGAGUGUGUUAAUGUGUAGUGAAUGCAGAGAGUGUGUUAGUGUGUAGCGGAUGCAGAGUGUGUGUUAGUGUGUAGCGGAUGCAGAGUGUGUGUUAGUGUAGUGAAUGCAGAGUGUAUUAAUGUGUAGCGAAUGCAGAGUGUGUGUCAGUAUAGUGGAUGCAGUGAGUGUGUUAGUGUGUAGCGGAUGCAGAGUGUGUGUUAGUGUGUAGCGGAUGCAGUGUGUGUGUUGUGUUAGUGGAUGCAGCAUGUGUGUGUGUGUGUGUGUGUUGUGUUAGUGUAUGCAGUGCGUGUGUGUUGUGUUAGUGUAUGCAGUGUGCAUGCGUGUUGUGUUAGUGUAUGCAGUGUGUGUUAGUGUGUGGGUUGUGUUAGUGUAUGUAUUGUGUGUGUUGUGUUAGUGUAUGCAAUGUGUGUGUGUUGUGUUAGUGUAUGCAAUGUGUGUGGGUUGUGUUAGUGUAUGUAGUGUGUGUUGUUUUAGUGUAUGCAGUGUGUGUUGUUUUAGUGUAUGCAGUGUGUGUUGUGUUAGUGUAUGUAGUGUGUGUGUUGUGUUAGUGUAUGCAGUGUGUGUGUUGUGUUAGUGUAUGCAGUGUGUGUUGUGUAUGCAGUGUGUGUAUUGUGUUAGUGUAUGCAGUGUGUGUAUUGUGUUAGUGUAUGCAUUGUGUGUGUUGUUUUAGUGUAUGCAGUGUGUGUUGUUUUAGUGUAUGCAGUGUGUGUUGUGUUAGUGUAUGCAGUGUGUUGUGUUAGUGUAUGCAGUGUGUGUGUUGUUAGUGUAUGCAGUGUGUGUUGUGUUAGUGUAUGCAGUGUGUGUUGUGUGUUAGUGUAUGCAGUGUGUGUUGUGUUAGUGUAUGCAGUGUGUGUGUGUUAGUGUAUGCAGUGUGUGUGUAAAUGUGCAAUCUGGGGGGGGGGAGGAAGGGGCAUUUUAACAUUAAUUGUUAAUUAAUUGAAUUAAAUGUUUCUCCCCCCUCCCUGCUUACCUGUAUCCAGGGAGGGGGGAGAUUCCAUCUGUGGUGGUCCGGUGGGGGCCCCCCCGGCUCCCUGUUACCGUCCGCAGAGGGGGCCCAGGCAGCACAGGAGCAGCUUCUCCUCCUCUCUCCUCUCUUCUAAUAACUCUCGCGAGACCCGCGGAGCGUUGCCAUGGUAACCGGGUCUCGCGAGAGUUAUUAGAAGAGAGAGGAGAGGAGGAGAAGCUGUGUGCUGCCUGGGCCCCCCUGUGCGGUAACAGGGAGCCGGGGGCCCGCGGCUGCACACAUAGAUAGCGAUAUUCGCUAUCUAUGUGUGCAGAGAAACAAAGUGGGGCCCAGGACUGCCAGAGCAGUCCGGGCCCCCCAGGGCCGCCGGGUCCGUGACAACUGUCACGGUUGUCACCCCCUGAUGGCGGCCCUGUCUCUAAGGUAUCAAUAUCCUUCUGAAGAUACGGUCUCCAGUACUGUGUACAAUACUCCAAGUGAGGUCUCACCAGUGUUCUGUACAAUGGCAUGAGCACUUCCCUCUUUCUACUGCUAAUACCUCUCCCUAUACAACCAAGCAUUCUGCUAGCAUUUCCUGCUGCUCUAUUACAUUGUCUGCCUACCUUUAAGUCAUCAGAAAUAAUCACCCCUAAAUCCCUUUCCUCAUAUGUUGAGGUUAGACUCUAUCAAAUAUUCUGUACUCUGCCCUUGGGUUUUUACGUCCAAGAUGCAUUAUCUUGCACUUAUCCACAUUAAAUGUCAGUUGCCACAAUUCUGACCAUUUUUCAAGUUUACCUAAAUCAUUUGCCAUUUGGCUUAUCCCUCCUGGAACAUCAACCCUGUUACAUAUCUUAGUAUCAUCAGCAAAAAGACAUACCUUACCAUCAAGACCUUCUGCAAUAUCACUAAUAAAAUAUUAAAGAGAAUGGGUCCAAGUACAGAUCCCUGAGGUACCCCACUGGUGACAAGUCCAAGCUUCGAAUAUAUUCCAUUAACUACAACCCUCUGUUGCCUGUCACUCAGCCACUGCCUUACCCAUUCAACAAUAUUUGAAUCCAAACUUAAAGAUUGCAGUUUAUUGAUAAGCCUUCUAUGUGCAACAGUGUCAAAAGCCUUACUGAAAUCUAGGUAAGCAAUGUCUACUGCACCACCCUGAUCUAUAAUUUUAGUUACCCAAUCAAAAAAAUCAAUAAGAUUAGUUUGGCAUGAUCUCCCUGAAGUAAACCCAUGUUGUCUCUGAUCUUGAAAUCCAUGUGUUUUAGAUGUUCAACAAUCCUAUCCUUUAACAUGGUUUCCAUCACUUUCCCCACUACUGAAGUAAGGCUUACUGGCCUAUAGUUGCCCGACUCCUCCCUAUUACCUUUCUUGUAAAUGGGCACAACAUUCGCUAACUUCCAAUCUUCUGGGACUACUCCUGUUAACAAUGAUUGAUUAAAUAAAUCUGUUAAUGGUUUUGCUAGUACCCCACUAAGCUCUUUUAAUAGCUUUGGGUGUAUUCCAUCAGGUCCCAUUGACUUAUUUGUCUUUACUUUUGACAGUUGAAAUAGAACCUCUUCCUCUGUAAACUCACGUGUAAUAAAUGACUCAUUUAUCCUUUUUCUCAAUUGAGGCAUGAUCUUGCCAUAACAAUUUCUAAUUAUCAGGCAGAUUAACUACUUCUUAGUUAAUUUUUUUAUUUUUAUUUUCGCAGGUUUGCAUGGGGAUUCAAGAAAAAUGUUUCAUCACUUCGAAGUGAACAUGUCUCUGUAUAAGGAUCCAGUGUUUGUAUGCACAAAUAACAGUGCUGGAUGCAAAAUUAAAGUGAGGAUGUGUUUCACAUUGGCUAGAAAAGUGGGAGUACGUUUCUGUCUCAACAUCACCUUAAAAGUAUAUAAAUAAUAUUGCUUCUUAGCAUCUAUUCACUAAACAGCAAGUUGUGGCAAACUGAUCACAAAAAAGCAAAAUAUAAAAUAAAUACCAGAAUAUGGCAAAAUAUUGUCAGUUCAGCCAAGACGAAGAUUUCUUUUCUAACUGUGCCUUUUUUUUAAGAUAGAUUUUUAAGUAAAUUUUAAACUUAUAACAACUCACUUUUUAAUGAAUGGACAUGACUCACAGUAACCUGCUGAAAACGAUGCUAUGAAGGCAGUGUUGAAUAUGAGAAGGUCUUGUGCUGAAGAUAAUAUUUUUUUUAAAAAUCACGUUGUGCCAUCUUGGUGUUAGUCCCAGACAAUGCAACAAAUGUUCAUACAAGCAAAUAUAGUAUUUAGUUCAAUAUCUCAAACUAUCUUUAAAACUCUUUGGGUUAUUUACUACAGUGCAAUUUAUAAGGAAUUCAAAGUGAAUUUCAAAAUAGUAAUUCACCUUGAGACUACUUUGAAUUCCCAAAAAGUGACAUUUCAGUGAAUAACACUGUGUACUUGUUAAAUGCAUAAAUACUGAAAGUGAAUUGCAUUAAGUCACAGGAUAGGGGUUGGCAAUCAAAAAUGUCAGAUUUUGUUGACUACAUUUCCCAUAAUGCUCUUUCAUAAAAGUCUGGCAAAGCAUCAGAGGAGCUGUAACGAGGUCCAUCCUCCUUUGACAGGAGUGGAUCUGGCAGGCACCGUGACAGACAGUUGGGAGGCCUGUAAAUAUAUGAGAGAAAAAAAUGAAAUACCAUAGUCUGCAAAAAAAAUGUAUACUUUGCCUCUCCAAACAUUAAAGACAGUCAGUACGUUCGGUUUGGGGUGGGGUGUUCUUUCCAUGCUACAUCCAUAGACAUGCUGAUGGUACAACCAAACAGUUCCCUUUACCAGAUGAGAUAAUGCAGGAAAUAGGACUCCACCUUUAGUAUCUCAGAAUCACCGGUUUGACUUCCAUCAAGGUCAACUGAACCCUUCAUCCUCUCAAGUCAAUAAAGUAAGCAACAUUAAGAUAGGUAAUAGUAACAUCUAAACCUCAGAGUGUACUUGGAAAUGAACACCUAGCUAAAUGUACCAUGUGUGUCUAGUUUUACUUUCGUUGUAUGAGGCUUGAUUAUAUUUUUGAUUGCUUGAUCUGGUUCCAGGUUGCACAGUCUUGUGAAGAACACAGUUUGGUGGCUCAGGACCUGGUCGCAGUGUGUAUUAAUGACCUCUUGUCUCAGAGAGCAGAACCUCUUGUUUUUAUGCCACUCUUCGCCUGUGGGAAGCUUCCAGUAGCCACAAGGCAAUCAGUAGUAGAUGGACUGGCCUCGGCUUGUAAAUUGGCUAAAACUACUCUAUUGGGUAAUAACUGGAAUGUUAACUUUCACAUAACAAAUGUAUGAUCUUUUUAUAAGUAAGCUUAAAUAUAUUUUCGCAGUUGUCUCUAAAAUUUCUACAUUGUGUUAUGACCUGCAUGAAGAACUUUGUAGCAGACAGUGAAGUACAACGCUUGGUGAUGCCCUGAUAGUGUCACCUUUCUAACUGAUCAGAUAUCAAUACUUGGUGACAUCGCAAGGCUUUUAUGAAAAUGUAAAAAAUCCAACUAUUAUGGCGCUUUGUAAGUAUUAUAUACGUAUAAUUGUUUCCAACCCAAUGUGAAUUUUUUUGUAAUGAUUUAUUUAUUACACUUAGUGCAUUUUAUCUUUAUAAGUGUAUGUGAUAUAUUUUAUUGAAGUAAGCCGACUGUUUUUCUCCUGCUUAGCCUGUUGAUACAUACACUAAGACCUUGCUUAUCCAUCUUAAAAAAUACUGACUACAUAGUUUGAAAUAACAACAAGUAAGAAUUUAAGCUAUUUUGGGUCUAUUCUAUCUAUCUUACUGUACAAGCCAACUAAAAAAGUCUAUGAGCAGACCUCAUGACACUGUCCUCAUUCAAUGACUCGCUUAUUCUAUUGUUAUGCAUUGUUCUCUGUUUUUAGUACUGACUACGUUUGUCCCGGCCUCAUUCUUUCUCUGCAGAGAGAGAAGUUGUCUGGGAUCCAGACGUGUACCCUGAAGGAUGCUACAGUCUCACUGGGUUUGCUGUAGGGGUGGUGGAAAGGAAGAUUAGACUGCCGAGACUGGAUAAAAUUGCAGAAGGAGACAUUGUGAUUGGCGUGCAGUCCUCUGCGUUGCAUUCCAAUAGUAUUAAACUAAUAAAGAGGAUAAUUGAAAAACGUUCCGACAAAUACUCAACAUUCUUACCGGUGGGGAAUGAAGACCACACCUGGGGUAUGAUACAUGUUUGAUGCCUUGAGUGUGGAAAGACGUCUUGACGUUUUACCUCUAUAGAUAGUACUCCUCUUUUGCACUGUAAUGAAGAUGUCAUCUGUGGACAUUUGUGAUUGAUUUCAUUUUAUUCUCUUUUUUUUUUUUCCUGGAUAACCAUCUCCAUUUUUAGGUGAAUUGCUAUUAACGUCAAUGAAAAUGUACAGCCACUCAUUGCUUUCUGUACUCCAGACUGGGCACGUCCGGGCCUGCGUUCCAGUGAAUGAAGGGGGACUUAAAGGAUGUAUCCUCCAAGUCCUUCCAGAAUCCUUAGGGUGUAUUAUAGGUAAAACAAUAAAAUACAAUAAUAUAUAAUAAUAAAAAAAUAUGAUAUAGAGGAACUGGGACUAGACAUGGUGUGGUUACAUGAUGUGUCGGAAACAUAGAAGGGAAAGUACACAAGCUGAAUGCCAGUACACCGAAACAGGCACUUGGUACCUUUCUAGAGGAACUGAAUCUCUGCUUAAACUCAGAUGACCCCGCACACAGUUUGGCUUACUGAACCAAUGACUGUUAUAACCUCACAUGUAGAGAGUAUGGAUACAAUGCUUUCUAACCCCUGAGGUAGGACCCAAAUUUGGGUUCCCAUUCUAUUUCAGUGAGUAUAGGGAACAGGCACAUCCUAUUUAUCAGGACCCAAUCAACAAUUUACAUUAAAUUUGCUGCAGUCAGUGGGGACACCUUUGAUGUUGGGAAGAGUGUAAAUCUGGGAUUUGCACAAUGUAUUUUUUAUUUAUGGUGAUUAUAUGACACUGGGUCACUGAGUUUAUUAUUUUACAGUUGAUUGAUGAGUCAUCAUGCUAAUGUAAUGUACUUAAUUUGGGUCCCUGUCAAAAAAGGUUAAAGGGUUACUUUAUACAAAUGACCACAUCAGUGAUUUGAAGUAGUCAUGGUGCCUGGAGUCUGUAUGUGCAGUGUUUCAUGCUGAAAUUCAGCUCAUACAGAGUUUACCCACUCUGCAGCGUACGAUGUUUGUGGCUCUGCAGAAGCUGGAAGCAUGUCACUGGACCACCAGGAAACAUCGGAGACCGGCUGGGACCCAGGUAAGUGGGCAAACUAUUGUUAAGUUGGCUGUAGUGGCUGUGAUGCUUGGAGUAACCAUUUAAAACUCAUUUAGAACCCAUGAUUUUAGCAAUGUAUUAGACACAACACACGUUGUACUAAUUUUUACUGUAUGACGUUCUGACAUAGACAUUGUUUUGUGUCUAACAUAUUAUUUAAGUGUGUGUAGUAUCAGUAACUAAAGUGGUCUCGGUUACAUCAGAUGCUCUUUGUUGGAAGAUCCCGACAAUCUUCUCCUGGCUGUAUAAAGAGGGCGGCUUGUUAGAAGAAGACAUGAUUUGCAGCUUUAACUGCGGCAUAGGAGCUGUGCUGAUCGUCCAGAGGAACGUGGCCCAGCAGGUGCUUUCUGAGGUGCAGAAACAAGAGGAUGCAUGGCUGAUUGGGGCGCUGAUCCCAGGUCAUUCAGGUCCGUUCUCCUUUCUACCCAUAUAUAAUCCUAGAUAAUCAUUUAGUCACAUUUCCAGGUGGAUAUACUGGUUUACGGGCGAAUACACACAAUGGCUGUUACUUCUCCAAUAAAAUAAUUGGACUCAAUUUAUCAGUUGGAGUCAAAACCAUUUUAAAUUAUUGAAUAAAUUACAUUCAGAGGUCAGGAACAAUAUUUAUUUACUAAUUUGGUUUGACAUCUGAGUGUGACUCGCCACUUCCAGUGUACAUUUUGACUGUUUUUGGUGGAAGCUACUGGUUUAUGGAUUGCAGGAUAAAACCAGGAAUGGUUAAAGGAUCUUAACAUGUAUAGCUUGGAGGAAAGACGAGACAGGGGGGAUAUGAUAGAAACAUUUAAGUACAUAAAGAGAAUCAACACAGUAAAGGAGGAGACUAUAUUUAAUAGAAGAAAAACUACCACAACAAGAGGACAUAGUCUUAAAUUAGAGGGGUAAAGGUUUAACCCCUUAAGGACCAAACUUCUGGAAUAAAAGGGAAUCAUGACAUGUCACACAUGUCACAUGUCCUUAAGGGGUUAAAAAUAAUAUCAGGAAGUAUUACUUUACUGAGAGGGUAGUGGAUGCAUGGAAUAGCCUUCCAGCUGAAGUGGUAGAGGUUAACACAGUAAAGGAGUUUAACCUCUUAAGGACACAUGACAUGUGUGACAUGUCAUGAUUCCCUUUUAUUCCAGAAGUUUGGUCCUUAAGGGGUUAAGCAUGCAUGGGAUAGGCAUAAGGCUAUCCUAACUAUAAGAUAAGGCCAGGGACUAAUGAAAGUAUUUAGAAAAUUGGGCAGACUAGAUGGGCCGAAUGGUUCUUAUCUGCCGUCACAUUCUAUGUUUCUAAGUGCUAGAAUAGCAAAAGGGUAGAAAACAUUGGGGCGAAUUACAGCUGUUUGUGAAAAAAUACAAACAGUGAAUAUAAGAAGUAUAUGUAUGGAGUCUGUGAGACCCCAGCAUUAAAACUCUGAAAGCACCAACGGUUGAUGUUCCCAGGAUCCCAAGACUACCUCGACAGACUCAUCAGUUUGUUCCUGCUUUUCCCUUUAUUACGUAAGGCAGACAGGGAACCUUCGGCACUCCAGAUGUUUUGGAUUGCAUUAUGUCUUUAAAAGCAUCUUGGGAAAUGUAGUCCACAACAUCUCAAGUGCCGUAUGUUGCCUACACCUGACGUAACCAUUAUUUUCCCCUUAUAUCAUCACCUCUAGCCCAUGGACCAAGGGGUGGAAGACGGAAUGAGCCCAUUUCCCCCCUAUCUGACAUUGAUUACACUCCAACCAACUGCAGCACAUAAAGGUGGAGAAAGAGGCUAUUUCCUGGAACUUUUCAUGUUGCUUUCUCUCCACUACAUGCUAUGUCUUUAGCUCGGACAUAAAUUGUAAUAACAGUAUAAACAGUAUCACAUAGUUUAUGCCUUAAAAUGAGCCAGUUUCGACUGACAAAUAGUAACACUACUUACUGAAUGAGAAAUAUAAUUGAUUAGUCUAUGAUUUCCUAUACAGUGAUUUUGUUUCAUUUGGAGGCUAUUCUUCUCCCUGUGCACCUUACUUAUGCCACCUAGUAAAUCACAAUGUACAUUGCCCACUUAUAAGCUAAAAUACCUUAAAUAGAAAAAUGAUUAGCGGGAUAAUUUUUCCAAUUUGGAAGGUGAAUUCUUGGCUAACCAAAUAAACCUUUACGUAAGACAAGGUGAGUAAGACAGUCCUCAGCAUGUGUUAGAAUUUUGUGAUAUGUUUAAAACGUUGUGUCACUGUGUCUGUCGCUGUAGAAUGAAAGACAAUUUGUCAUUGUUUCCCUCUUACCUGCAGACGCACGCCGCGUACAAGUCCGCCAUUUAGCAGAAGCUUUGAAAGUGAACGCGUUGCAGUUAUGGAAAAAUAUCUCUCUGCAUAAGAAGUCCACUAACAUCAGAAAUGUGGCUGUUUUCUUCUGUACGACAGGUGUGCCACGCAUAUUGUAUUUUAUGAAAGUAUAUGGCAUGUACCGUACUAUUUUAUUUGUUUACACUAGGCCAUCAGAAAAUGUCAGACUAAAUCUGCAAACCCCACUGCCUUUCUUAAUUUUAUAUCGGAAGAUUUACACUAAUACAGCUAAAACCAGAAUAAAAUAUUAGUAACAGAAUACAGUUACAUAAUAUAGUUUAGUAUGGUGCUGUUAGACGGCAUCCCACAAUUCUCUCUAUGAUAGUGGGCUGGGGACAGCUGCCCCCCAACCCCCUUGUCAGUCCUUCACAAAAGAUCAUACAAACUAGGCCAGUUCUUGUCAAACCAUUGCACUAGCGCCACCUUUGGCCCAAGAUUUAAUGACUUAAGGUGCUCUAGUGGGCUAGUUGAUAAAAGUUGGACCUUUGGUGUUCAAAUUGAGACAAAUUGGGGGUUAUAAAAUAAAUACAAAGUCCUGCUGUGUAACCCACAAUGUACCAACACACUCUAAACACCUGUGUGCUCACAUCUCUUUACACACAAAAAAUAAAAACCUUGGAUGGAUGGAUAGAGAGUGAUUGGAUGGAUUGAUAGAGAGGGGUGGAUGGAUAUAGCGGGAUGGAUGGAUAGAGAGGGAUGGAUAGAGAUGGAUGAAGGAAGAGGGAUGGAUAUGGAUGGAUGGAUGGAUGGAUAGAGAGGGAUGACUAAAGAGGGAUGGAUAGAGAGGUAUGGGUGGAUGGAUAGAGAUGGAUGGAUGGAUAGAGAUGGAUGGAUAGAGAUGGAUGGAUGGAUAGAGGGAUGGAUGGAUAGAGAGGGAUAGAUAUAGAUGUAUAGAUAUUACAUAGAAAGAGUGUGUGUAUGUUUACAAUUUGUGUUUGUGUGCAAACACUAUAUAUAGAGACAUCUCUAUAUAUAGUGUUUCUAUUCAAACACACAAACUUUGGGCUUAGGAUGGUUGCAGUAGGAGGGGACGAGCAUAGACAGCGAGCAGAGUUGUCCGUCAGCUCAGCUCGCAAACGCGCACACCGCUCACAUGCGCGGUAGACCACUCAGAGUUUAUUCAUAGAGCGGCAUUAAUUUCAAUGCUGAAUCUAUGAAGAACAACGUGAUUGGUGCAACGCGAAGCCGUACAUGGUCACCACAGACUGAUGAUAAUAUGUGUGUGUGUGUGUGUAUAUAUAUAUAUGUGUGUGUAUGUGUGUGUUUGCUCAUACACACAUAUAUUCUGCAGUUUGUCUUGUCCUGCAUGCUAAAGCUAGUUGCUCCCUGCCCUGCUCAACAUUGGUUUUGUUAACUUAAAUGUUAUUCAACAUCCUGCUUAUCUCUAAAUAUUUUCUCUGUUUCUCUGUAUUUCUUCUCCCCCCCCCUUAUUUUAUUGAUACCCACCCGAAUGUCUUGCUUGACCAAUCCUCACCUCCUCUGUGCAUCUCCAUUCCAUAGCUUUUAUUGCAGUCCUGUUUUGACCCUAUCAUCUCUGUCUUCCACAGUCUGAGUUUUAAAAGACCACUUCUAGCAAACUUGAACAGUGCUCAGAUUCCCACCCACCCACCCACCCCUCCCCUCACCACCCCAUCCCAAAUUCCUUACUACAUUUAUAGAUAGAAUCCCACACACAAUUUUAGAUAAUUCCAAAUAGCAGCUGCAAACACUACCCGUAAUGAGCACAAUCCACCUUCUUAACCCCUAACACUCACUCCUUCUCCUCCCUUAUGCUCAUUCUCCUUUCCUCUAAUUACCUACCCAUCAGAGCAAUGCUCUAUAUUCUCCUCCUCUCCUUCUUGCUCAUCUCCCUAAGGAUCAAAAUAUCCCAUUCCACCCACUUCCCUCAACAAAACACUAACAUUUACAUUAAUCUCUCUCUGCUACACUCCCCCCUUCUCUCAUCUCAAGCCCCGCACUAAUUUCUCUAUUCUCUCUCUCCUGCUCUAACCCAAUCUCACCCUAGUCGCCGCCCAUAUAAAACCCACUCACACCUCCUGACUCUAUCUCUCCUCCUACUUCUGGCAGCUGGUGACGUCUCUCCCAACCCAGGGCCCCUCACCUCAUCUGCUCACACUAAAAUAACCAGAAACCAUGCAAACCUCCUCCAAAUACCCUGCAGUCUAUCCUCCUCUACCAAAAUUCAGUGUGCACUCUGGAAUGCUCGCUCUAUUUGUAGUAAUAUCAAAUCUACAGCUAUACAUGACCUCCUCAUCUCUAACUCUCUCACAAUACUGGCACUCACUGAGACCUGGCUAUCUCCAUCCGAUACCGCUACUCCUGCUUCUUUAUGUUUCGGUGGUCUACAGUUCUCCCAUACUCCUAGACUUGACUGUAAAGGAGGUGGUGUAGGCAUCCUUCUCUCCCCUCAAUGUACCUUUCAACCUAUCCUCCCUGCCCCUGCCCUAUCCUUUACUUCCUUUGAAGUUCACACUGUACGCCUUUUUAAGCCCACUCCUUUAAGAAUUGCCAUCAUCUAUCGCCCCCCCCGGUCACCCUAAACUAUUCAUUAAACACUUUUCCUCCUGGUUACCCCACUUUCUUUCCUCUAGCACUCCCUCUCUCAUACUUGGGGACUUCAAUAUCCCUAUCAACAAGCUCAAUUGCCCUGAUGCCUCUCGUCUGCUCUCUGUAACCUCCUCCUUUGGACUCACACAGAUUUCUUCCUCAGCAACUCAUACUGCAGGAAACACUCUUGACCUCAUCUUCACCAAUCUCUGUACCACCUCUGAUCUCGCCACUGCUCCAUUUCCUUUGUCUGACCACCAUCUGCUAACAUUUAACAUCUGCAUACCCCAUAUCAAAAUCUCACCACCGUCCACUCUCCAACCUCGCAGAAACCUCAACUCUCUCGAUCUCCAGCACUUCUCCACUAAACUCCAAACACUCCUUUUACCCAUCUCAAAUCACAACUGCCCUAACUCUGCAACCUCACUCUACAACUCCACUCUCUCCUCUCAACUUGACAUCAUGGCACCUCCUACAGUUAAACGCAGCAAGCGCCCCCAACUACAACCCUGGCACACCAAGCUGACCCGUUACCUCCAAAAAUGUUCCAGAACUGCUGAACGCUGCUGGAGAAAGUCUCACUUUGCAUCUGACUUUGUCCACUAUAAAUUUAUGCUGCGCUCCUACAGCAUGGCUCUUUCCUCUGCAAAAGUAAGCUACUUCAACACCCUCAUAAGCACACUGUCCCACCAACCCAAACACCUGUUUCACACUUUUGAUGCACUUCUUCGCCCUGUGACUCCCCCUCCUUCCACCACCUUGACCGCCACAAACUUUGCAUCUCAUUUCACUGAGAAGAUCUCUACAAUCAGGAAAGAGAUCUCUAAUCUUUCUCCAACCAGUAUCAAUACAUCACCCAACCCCACUCCCCCUGCCAUCCUAAGCUCAUUUGCACCUGCUACAGCACAAGAGGUUUCUGCUCUGCUCCUGUCCUCCCACCCACCACCUGCUCCCUUGAUCCUAUUCCCUCGCAUCUCAUCCGCACUUUGCCUCCCUCUCUUGCUCUUCCUCUCGCUAACAUUUUCAAUCUCUCCCUUUCCUCUGGCACAUUUCCCUCUGCCUUCAAACAUGCAACCGUAACCCCAAUUCUGAAAAAGCCCAGCCUUGAUCCCAACUCCCCAUCCAACUACCGCCCUAUCUCGCUACUGCCAUUUGCCUCCAAGAUCCUCGAGAGAGUUGUCUACGCCAGAUUGACAGACUUUCUUGAAUCCAACUCUCUGCUUGACCCCCUUCAGUCUGGAUUCCGUGCUGGUCACUCUGUCGAAACUGCUGUGACCAAAGUAUCCAACGAUUUAAUUGCUGCUAAAUCUCGCGGCCAAUACUCUAUCCUAAUCCUCCUUGAUCUUUCUGCCGCCUUUGACACUGUUGAUCAUCAACAGCUUCUUCACAUUCUCUGUAACUUUGGUCUACGGGAUUCUGCUCUCUCCUGGUGCUCCUCCUACCUCUCCCAGCGCUCCUUCAGUGUUUCUUUCUCUGGCUCUGCCUCUUCUCCCCAACCCCUCCCUGUCGGCGUCCCCCAAGGUUCUGUCCUCGGCCCCCUACUGUUCUCUAUCUAUACUGCCUCCCUUGGUAAACUCAUCAGCUCUUUUGGCGUCCAAUACCAUUUAUAUGCAGAUGACACGCAAAUCUACCUGUCCUCCCCCGAUCUCUCUCCGCCCACCUUGACUCGUGUUUCUGACUGCCUCUCUGCUAUUUCCAACUGGAUGGCUGCUCACUUCCUUAAACUCAACCUGUCCAAAACAGAACUUCUAGUUUUUCCUCCCUCAAGUGCUGCUACUCCUGUGUCUGUCGCCAUCCAAGUCAACGGCGCUACUAUCACCUCUACCUCCCAGGCUCGCUGCCUAGGAGUUCUUUUUGAUUCUGAUCUCUCUUUUACUCCCCAUGUUCAAUCGAUAGCCAAAUCCUGUCGCUUCCAACUCAAGAACAUAGCGCGCAUCCGCCCAUAUCUAACGCCGGACGCGGCUAAGGUACUGGUUCAUGCUGUUGUUCUCUCUCGCCUUGACUAUUGCAAUCCCCUUCUCACCGGUCUUACAUGUUCCCAGCUUGCACCGCUGCAAUCUAUAAUGAAUACGGCUGCGAGGCUUAUUUUCCUGUCCGGUCGCACCUCCCACGCCUCCACGCUCUGUCAGUCCCUGCAUUGGCUUCCAGUUAGAUAUAGGGCCCAAUUCAAAAUUCUGGCGCUUGCUUACAAAUCCCUACAUAAUGCUGCUCCAACAUACCUAUCCUCCCUCAUACACAAGUAUGUCCCGUCGAGACCCCUGCGCUCAGCCCAAGACCUACUCCUAUCCUCUGCCCGGAUCCCCACCUCUGAUGCCCGCCUUCAAGACUUCUCCAGGGCUGCACCUAUUCUGUGGAACUCCCUUCCUUCCUCAAUAAGACUUUCACCCAGCAUCCAUUCCUUCAAAAAAUCUUUGAAAACUCACUUCUUCAUUAAAGCGUAUCAAUUAAACUGUCAGCAGGUUUCUCAUCCCCCACCCCAUGACUCCGUUCCUUCACCUGUGAAAAAUGACCUACCAAGCACUCAAUAAACCCUUCUGUAACAAACUAUUUAAUUCCCCUACUUUAACCCUUUGUGUCACUAUACCCCACUCCCUCUAGCAUGUAAGCUCAUCAAGCAGGGCCCUCAACCCCCUCUGUUCCUGUACGUCAGUGGUCUGAUCUCAAUUAUGUGUCUGUUAGUCCACCCAUUGUACAACGCUACGGAAUUUUUUGGCGCUAUAUAAAUAAUAAAAUAAUAAUAAUAAUAAUAAUAAUGACACUUCUCUAAGAGAAGCGUCUGAUUGAGCCCUGCUUCUUCAUCAUUUUGACGAAAAAGGGGGUGUGGACUUCGAGGAUCUCGGUGCUGGAACGGAGGUAAGUUUAAAUGAUAAAAAGCACUUAAAUUGAUUUUUUUAUUAAGGGGAAACUAAUAUAAACGCAAGGAAGAAGGAUAGAGACCUGUCUUUCUUGCUUUUAUGUGUUGACUAUAGAGCUCCUUUAAGUUAUAAGAAAAGCACUAUUUUUAUCAUUAUUAAAUCAGAAUGUUCUAUACACUAUAUCAUCUUCAUUGUCUUUUUUUUGUACUUUUAUAUAUGCUUUCUUCAUUAGGUACUAAGCUACAGCAUCUUAUAGACAGCACCAGGAUGCUUGGGAGCUUGGCACGUGUGACCCUGGUCAUCUCUAACCAGACUGGGGUGGAAGAAUUGAAAAAAGCUGCCGGGAUUGGAAUUCCUACACGGGUAUACAUUCAAAUACUACCAAUGCAUGGACUCCAGCAGAAAGCUUUUUACCCAAAGCCAGACCAGGAAUUAUUCACAAAAGGCCAAAUUUGUCUUAGAUCAGCAAGAUAACCAAUUUGAAACAGAAUUUGCAAUUCUCAUAUUUACUGAAGGAAAAUCUGGUUAACGUAUGGUUAUUGCUACCAAUUUAGCACAUCUUAUUCAGAACCAUCUGGUAGCUUGCAUGCCAUUGGAUUAUCGACAAACCUACAGGAAUCCGUUAUGUUUGCCCACUUGUAGCAUACAAAGUAAUUGACAAAGGGUUAAAAUAAAACAGAAAUAAUAAAAUAUGAGUUUUAUAAAUAAUUGCAUAUUUUUGCAUUGAUAUCCUUUGUUAGAAUUGCCCACUAUCUGCCUGCAAAUUCGAUCCAACUAUAUUGCAUAAAUUUAGUUGAUACAAAUUUGCAAGACAGAAAGUGGCCAGUUAUGUACACGUUGAGUGCUCAGUUGCAUAUUUCCAUCAUUUGGGUCCAGAUUUUGUUAAUCAAAUGCCCGCAGAUGAUUUUGGUUUAAUUUUCAUAAUUUACACCAGGGGCAUUCUGUCUUUAGUGAAUAAGGAACAGAAUGUAAGAUGACGACUGUGAUAAGUGCAGAGAGCUACACAUCACUCGAUCUAGAUCACAUGGAAUGCUGAACUUUCACAUUUAUAUGUCACAUGACAUGCAGUCUUGCCUACAAUACAUUGAGGCUCCUGAUGCAAUCCAAAUUCCAUCAUUAUCAAUUUGACAUAAUCCUGAUAAAUGCCGAAAACGCACACACUGCAGUAAACCUCUAGGAAAUAUAAGGGGAGAACUUUUAUACAGAUAGUGCUGUUUGGUGUACCUAAUAUUUUAUAUACUAGCAACACAGUCUAUCAAACACAUUUAACAGCAUUUUGAAAUAGACUCUUUCUCAAAGCCUUUAAAUCACAUUUACAGUGUUUAUUUCUUUAGUGAAGAUGAUUCUUAUUAUCAGUAUACAUAUUUUGUCUUCCAUUUCUGAAGCCUUAACUAAUGUGCAUGUUUAAGCCUUAUGUCACAGCGAUGAUCGUUUAUCUCUCCAGUUUCACUUAAAUCAGGGACGGUCACUAACUGGUGUCAAAAUGUUAAUUUGGGGGCACAUGCUCGGACCUUCCUGCUCUUAUAGUACAUUCGCACUGUAAUCAUGGGACAUUUUAUACUUCCUAUAGGUAAUCGACCAGACGUUUUUCAGCUGUCACGCUGAUUUUGAACUCGCGGUGAGCAAAGUAUUGGAAGCGUUCUCCAUUGAUCUUAUCUGCCUUGUAGAUUUCAAGAGGACUAUGUCAGGUCCAUUUCUGGACAAAUGGAAAGGUAUUAUUAUCUUAAAUUAUAUAUAUUAUAUUAUAUUAUAUUAUAUAUAUUAAAUUAUAUAGCACCAACUAAUGCAUUGUGUAGUACUUCACAAUUACUGAAAUAAGGCUAUAUUCUAGAAAAAAGUAAAGGAAUACAAGGAGGAAGAACAACAGGACUUAUGUAUAUAAAAAAUAAAAAAUAAGUCAAGUUCUGAAAUGUUCUAGUUAAGCUAGUAAAGUGGAGUGCAAAAAAAAUAUCUACAGCCUUUCCGCCUCUCUUUCCCCCUUUCUUGUUUUUUUUCUUUCCUUUUCCAAACAUUUUGUUUCCUAACGUGCUACAAACAUAAUGAAGCUUCAAGCUAUCAUCCUCUUGUCUUUUGCUUUUACCUUGUAUUGCAAUAUUAAAAAAAAACAAAAAAAACAUUUUAAUUACAAAAAACACCACCAAGGUAGUGAGCUUGGCGGAUUAGUGUAAUAAGUGUUCCAUUUAUCUCGCCGGAGAGGGCCAAUCAAUGGUGGAGUAGGAUAUAUAUAUAAGAAGUUCUGCUUUAGAAUGAUUACGUUUUAGAAAAUGAAAGAUAAACUAAUAUAGAUAUAGGAGAGCAUAGAUAUAAAAUGUAGUAUCCAAGAGAGCAGGAGAGAUAACUCUGAUUGUAAUCAGGAGUAUAGAUGGUUCUGAAUCCAAAUGGACUAAUAAGGUCACCUGAGAAACAGGACCAGUCUGUCCAUUUAUAAUUAAUCUAAAGGUCUUCUGUUGGGAUAAGAGCACUAUCUAAUCUUCUUUACAUGUUUAGGAAAACUAUUGAACACAUACCGAACACUUUCACCCUCGUAUAAAGUGGAAGGUGUUGUCCAGGCUGGAGCCAAAGUGUGUGGAUGCACGGUUUGUUUCACAGUUGUGAGUACAACUUUACAUAUUAAUAAGACACAUUACUCAGUACUUUAUAAAUUUGUUUGCAAAUUGUUAAUCAGCCAUUUUCUGGUUUGUGUAGGAAAGCUCAGCUCCGGGUCCUAUGGUCCUGCAAGAGACAAUAACUGUCCAAACGGACGAUACAGAGAUCACUCUGACUGAGAGAAUGCAAGAAGCACACCAGAGGGUAAUCACCAAGGCAGUUCUUCUUGUUGCAAGUGGUACAGUCAGCUUAGACAAAGAUGGCAGAGUCUGUUGGAAGUCAGAAACCUGAAUCCCUAUGAUUUGCUGCUACAAGAGGAUCAUGAAACUGCUUCCACUAAAACCACCACAUUCUACAGAUUGCUCUGCUUCUGGGAAUUCAGGCACUCUUUUUUUUCCAAUAAAAAAUUACAUACAAACCCAUAUAUAUAUAUAUAUA